AGUGAAUACCAAAGAAACUUCUUGUGGAAAAAAUCCUAUUUGUCAGAGUCCUAUAAUCCCUCAGUGGGGCGAAAGUACUCAUGGGCAGGACUUAGAUCGGAUCAGUUGGGGAUCACAAAAGAACCAGGUUUUAUCUCAAAAAGAAGAGUUCCCUACCACGACCCUCAGAUUUCAAAGUACCUGGAGUGGAAUGGAACUGUCAGAGAGAAUGAUGCGCCUGUCCCACCAGAACCCCAGACCAUUCGAACUCCAAAACCACAAGAGGCAGAGCAAAAAGAAGAUGCUAACCAAGAAACAGUUCUCUCACAAGAGGCUUCCAGGGUUCCCAAGAGAACUCGGUCUCAUUCUGCGGACUCUAGAGCCGAAGGGGCUUCAGACACUGUGGAAAAGCACCAGGAUGUAACAAGAAACCAUGCCCUGGUUAACACAGACGUGGAGCUGAGACCUUCCACCAAACCUCUCUCCGAGAGCAUAGAUCCCAGGUUGGAUAGACAUCUUCGUAAGAAAGCUGGAUUGACCGUUCCUCCCUCGAAUAAUGCCUUGAGAAAUUCUGAAUACCAAAGGCAGUUCGUUUGGAAGACUUGUAAAGAAACUGCUCCAGUGUUUACAACCAAUCAGGUUUUCCGUAAUAAAAGCCAAAUUAUUCCACAGUUUCAAGGCAAUAAAUUCAUCCACGAAACUGAAUACAAGCGAAAUUUCAAGGGUCUAACUCCAGUGAAGGAACCAAAGUUAAGAGAGUAUUUGAAAGGAAACAGCAGUUUUGAGAUGUUAUCUUCAGAAAAGAAGGCAGCCGAACCUUUAGACUUAGAAGUAGACAUGGCGUCGGAAGACUCAGACCAGACUCUAAAGAAGCCUGCUCCGUGGAGACACCAAAGGCUCGGAAAGGUGAAUUCUGAAUAUAGAGCAAAAUUUCUGAGCCCAGCCCAGUAUUUAUAUAAAGCUGGAGCUUGGACCCGUGUGAAGGAGAACUUGUCCAACCAGGGUUCUCUAAAUGCCAUGUGGUAUGCAGAGGUUAAGGAGCUCCGAGAGAAGGCUGAGUCUUACAGGAAGCGAGUUCAGGGAACACAUUUUUCUCGGGACCAUCUGAACCAGAUUAUGUCCGAUAGCAACUGCUGUUGGGAUGUAUCCUCGAUCACAAGCUCGGAAGGCGUCGCUAGUAGCAACAUCCGAGCAUUGGAUCUUGCUGGAGAUCUUACAAGCCACAAGACUCCCCUGAAACAUACUCCUACCAAACUAGAAGAAAAAAAAGUUGCCUCGGGAGAUCAGCCCCUGAAAAUUACCACCAGGAGACUGGAACAGCCAGAGGCUGCCACCACAGUCAGGAGGAAGUUGGCUUGGGAUGCUGCCGAGAGCACAAAGGAAGACACCCAGGAGGAGCCCAGAGCAGAGGAGGAUGGGGGAGAGGAAAGAGGAAAGGACAAGCAGAUCUGUGCCGGAGAGUUAGAGAAACUGGACACACAGACGUCUAAGGCAGACAGACCGACAGAAGGGUCAGAGACAUCUUCGGUUUCCUCAGGGAAGGGAGGCAGGCUUCCUACACCGAAGCUGAGAGAACUCGGUAUCCAGCGGACUCACCAUGACCUCACGACACCCGCUGUUGGUGGGGCAGUCUUAGUGUCGCCAUCUAAAGUGAAGCCGCCAGGCCUGGAGCAGAGGAGGAGAGCGUCCUCCCAAGAUGGCUUAGACACUCUGAGGAAAGACAGUACUAAGAGAGGAAAACCCCGUCCUAUGUCUCUCCUGACUUCUCCUACUGCCGGCAUGAAAACAGUUGAUCCCCUGCCUCUGCGAGAAGAUUGUGAAGCCAAUGUGCUCAGAUUUACUGAGGGUACUCUUCCUGUUUCGAAAAUUUCGGACCAUCAGCCCACCACCCCCGGGCAGCCUUCUCCAUAUGCCCUGCCUUACUACCACUCUUCCAGCAGGAUCCAGGGCCGUCUGCGAGACCCUGAAUUUCAGCACAACAUGAGAAAACCAAGGAUGAACCAUUUGCAGCUACACCCGCACGAUGCCUUUAAUGAUGAAGAUGCAGAUAGACUGUCUGAUAUCUCUGCUCGCUCUGCAGUUUCCAGCCUCCGGGCUUUCCAGACUCUAGCCCGAGCUCAGAAAAGGAAGGAGAAUUUCUGGGGCAAACCAUAAACCUGCUCAUCCUGUCUAGAGACAAGUUGGCUCACCUUUCCUUACUCGCUGUCUUAGAUUUUCGGAGGGCUUGGAUUUUCUUCUGACACUUCUGACUCUGAUCAUUUGAAUUUUCAGUGGCUCAUCUUACCCAGAAGAUCGUAGCGCAGCCGUGUCUAAGUUUAACUCUUUGGAGAAGUCCUUUGCACUUGUCUGAGGGCAAAGGCAUGGAUUAUGUAGUUCUUCACAGACUCUGUCUUUUGUAUCAGGUGUUGUGAGUGGCAGUUAGGAGUGUGACGGUCAUCUGUCAGCAGAGUAUUCUAAAGGGAUAAAAUGACGUCAACAUUAAGAUCUUCCAACUUAAUUCCCCCUCAGAUUGGUUUUAGGCAUUUUAAUAGCCGUAGGUGUCCUGAACGGAAUCUGUCACUGUUUUUAUUAGCGCCUUCUGUAUACACAGGUGCAGUGUUAAGAUGAUUGGACUUUGAAAAUCUGGCUGUACAUAUUUUUCUUAUUUAUGUAACAAAAUUUGCUGAGAGAAUAUGUAUAUUUUUGAUCUUUUUAUGUAUUUUAUUUGUAUAAUAACUGGUAUACAUUUGAAUAAUGUCUAGAUUUUGAGAAAUUAUUUGUGAAAUGGAGAAUUAAAACUUUGUAGACAUUUAAAAAUGAAAAUUAAGUGUGCUUGGCUUCUUCAGAAAGUUAUCAUGUGGAAUAAGUAUCUUCUAGAAGCAUUUUAUUAGAACCGAUGUGUUGCAGCUGCUAAAUGCAGUAAGACUGAGCCUACAGUAUUUGUUUUUUUUUCCCCCACAAAUACAAAGUUUUAAAAACAGAUUCAUUAAAAAAUUUAACACCAA